UCGCUCACUCAAAGACACACUCUUUUUUCGCCCAUUCUCUCUAUCUUCCUACUUGGUCGAGCUCAAAAGAAGGGGACAUGACAAAAUGACAGGAGAUGGAUGUUUCAACAAGAUGAAGGGUGAAAUGUGAAAUUAGCAACUCAUAUUCCUCGCCCCUGUGUUAAACGACAACCAUCGGGAACCAGGCGUAAUUGUUAAACAUAAUGAAUUAUUAAGAGCGGCGUCUAUUAACAAGGCUUGACUCAUUCUUGAAGCCCCAAUGGAGCAGGAUGUGGAAAGUCCGGCAGUCACCACCCGAAAGCCCAAGCUACCCAAGCAGGCUCGCGAGGACCUGCCCAAGCAGCUGGUAGACCAGGUGCGGGCAAAGAGGAAGAUCCAGAGGUACGUCCGUAAGGACGGCAAAUGUAAUGUCCACCAUGGCAACGUCCAGGAGACCUAUCGCUACCUGACGGACAUCUUCACCACACUGGUGGACCUCAAGUGGAGGUUCAACCUCUUCAUCUUUGUCUUGGUGUACACAGUGACAUGGCUCUUAUUUGGCUUCGCAUGGUGGCUCAUCGCCUAUGUCCGUGGCGACCUGGAACACAUAGGGGACAACCAGUGGACUCCCUGUGUCAAUAAUCUCAACGGUUUUGUCUCAGCUUUUCUCUUCUCCAUAGAGACAGAGACAACCAUAGGGUACGGCUAUAGGGUUAUAACAGACCAAUGCCCAGAGGGGAUCCUUCUGCUGUUGAUUCAGUCAGUGCUGGGGUCCAUAGUUAAUGCCUUCAUGGUGGGCUGCAUGUUUGUCAAGAUCUCACAACCGAAGAAGCGGGCAGAAACAUUAGUGUUCUCCACCAGCGCUGUCAUCUCCGUAAGGGAUGGCCGGCUGUGUCUGAUGUUCAGGGUAGGGGACCUUCGGAACUCGCACAUCGUGGAGGCCUCAAUCAGGGCCAAGCUGAUCAAGUCCAAGCAGACCAAGGAAGGGGAGUUCAUACCCCUCAACCAGACAGACAUGAAUGUGGGUUAUGACACGGGGGAUGACAGGCUCUUCCUGGUGUCCCCGCUCAUCAUCUGCCAUGAAAUCAAUCAGAACAGCCCCUUCUGGGAGAUCUCCCAGGCCGACCUUGACAAAGAGGACCUGGAGAUUGUGGUCAUUCUGGAGGGCAUGGUGGAGGCUACAGGGAUGACGUGCCAGGCCAGGAGCUCGUACGUGACUAGCGAGAUCAAGUGGGGCUACCGCUUCAUGCCCGUGCUCACACUGGAGGAUGGCUUCUACGAGGUGGACUACAACAGCUUCCACGACAUCCAUGAGACCAACACACCCAGCUGCAGUGCCAGAGAGCUGACCGAGAUGAAUUGCCGCGCCCGCCUGCCCCUUACCUGGUCUGUGGCCAGCAAGCUCAGCCAGCAGGGGGUGCUGGAACCUGAAGGCCGCGAGAAGAAGAGUACUACUACCCUGGUAACCCAGGAGGAGGGGCUGGAGGAACAGACAGAGAGGAAUGGUGACAUUGCUAACAUAGAGAGCGAGUCCAAAGUGUAAAGGGGAGCGAGAGAACCUAGGGCCAGAGGGGCUGUGUGAACCGUACUGUGGCAUCUCUUCUCAUGACUGGCUGACCAGGUGAGCUGGUCCCAGGUUAGAGGUCAGGGCCAGGGCAGAAAAGGGGACAGUCUAGCCCGAGGAGCCCUGCAACAAGGACAGCUUAGGCCCUCAUCAGGUCAUUUACCCUCCAAAGAUAGCUGGUAAAUGACAAUGGCUGGACUGGAAAUCUCUGCGGGCAAUUGCAUGUUUUGAAAACUUUUUAGUUCUUCUUCAAAAUACAAAUUCCUAUUAUUAUUAUAAAUUUUUUAUUCGAAUAUUAAAACCUAUAUAAAAGUAUAUAUUCUAGGGCAUUUGCAUUUGUAUUUUUUGUAUGUACUAUUUGUUUUGUUGCUGAAGUGUGAAUAUUUGAUAGGAAGAUGUUUGAUACUGAUUCAUUUAGACCAGGUCUGUACAUAUUCUAUGCCUUAUGUACGAAGCUUUCUUUACAUUAGGGGUUUUCAGAAAUAUAUAAGCAUGUACAAAAACUGUAGUUAAUUUAUUCUAUAUUGUGUACAUAAGAGAAUAAUGUUGAUUGUAAUAGGCAAGACAAAAUAACUCUUAACAAUUCUGUAUGCAAGCCCUAUAGACUAUUAGACCAAUGGCAUCCUCACAUCCUUGCCCACUUGGCAGAGAUGUGUUAGACCCUGACUGUGCAUGUCCACUAAACAUACCACCAAGAGGUAGUGGGAACUGUCUCCCAUGACCCUUGAGUAUCAUCAGUCCAAGUCUCCCCUCCUUGAAGACCUUUUUGUGCUCAUAGGAUAGGCUUGAUGCAAUACCCUUUAAGUUGGGAAUGGAAGCUGGAAGGGAGAAUGAACUGAAGGGAGUUGAACUAAGUUGCACUUCGGAACCGAGUUGAUGUCUGUGUGACUGUUUUCUCUCCAUUUGUUUUGGCCCUAUUUCUGUUUUGGUCAUAUAACUAAACAUUAAAAUCAACAUAUGCCCAAAUGCUACUUUCAAUUAUGAUUUAGGAAUUUCUUCAUAAGAAAAUGACAUAGUAAAUAACAUGUUGGGAAUACAGGGCUUUCAUGUGAAUCAUCGCUGGAGGGUGUGGUGGAAUCUCAGUCUUAUAUGGCAGUACUGUACCUCACAGUAAGGAGGAGGAAAAUGACAGGAAGGAAGUACAUGCUCCUUUGUUCAGUAGUUGUCUGGCCACGAAUCAAAGCUCCGUUAUGAAAGACUGACCAUCAGAGCCUGUCAAUGUACAUUGUUAAAGCGUAAUAUUCCCUUACCGAGAAUAUUGGGAAUACAGGGCUUUCAUGUGAAUCAUCGCUGGAGGGUGUGGUGGAAUCUCAGUCUUAUAUGGCAGUACUGUACCUCACAGUAAGGAGGAGGAAAAUGACAGGAAGGAAGUACAUGCUCCUUUGUUCAGUAGUUGUCUGGCCACGAAUCAAAGCUCCGUUAUGAAAGACUGACCAUCAGAGCCUGUCAAUGUACAUUGUUAAAGCGUAAUAUUCCCUUACCGAGAUGCCUAUUAUCUGAAACCCAGUAUUAUUUUAAUGGUGUCUGUAACCAGCCAGGCCAGACAUGAAUGUAGGCAACUGUAUGUCAGCUGAAGAUAUGGAGGUUGCCAUGGGGAUGCGGUGGUCUUGUUAUGCUACAGACCACAGGCCGGAGUGAGUGUCGUGGAUAGCCACCCAGUGGAAAGUUCCAUGCAGGCCCUCUAGUUACUGGCACUGUAGGGGUUCAUGAUAUAAUGAUGGUACUGUGUAGGGUCUCACUGAAAGUAUAACUGAGGCAAUGUAAACAUAGGUCUUGGAGGGGAAAGGGGCUGUCUCUAUUAGAGGUCGACCGAUUAUGAUUUUUCAACGCCGAUACCGAUUAUUGGAGGACCAAAAAAGCUGAUUAAUCUGCCGAUUUAAAAAAAAAAAUGUAUUUGUAAUAAUGACAAUUACAACAAUACUGAAUUAACACUUAUUUUAACUUAAUAUAAUACAUCAAUAAAAUCCAUUUAGCCUCAAGUAGAUAAUGAAACAUGCUCAAUUUGGUUUAAAUAAUGCAAAAACAAAGUGUUGGAGAAGAACGAAAAGUGCAAUAUGUGCUAUGUAAGAAAGCUACACGUUUCAGUUCCUUGCUCAGAACAUGAGAACAUAUGAAAGCUGGUGGUUCCUUUUAACAUGAGUCUUCAAUAUUCCCAGGUAAGAAGUUUUAGGUUGUAGUUAUUAUAGGACUAUUUCCCUCUAUACUAUUUGUAUUUCAUUAACCUUUGACUAUUGGAUGUUCUUAUAGGCACUUUAGUAUAGCCAGUGUAACAGUGUAGCUUCUGUCCCUCUCCUCGCUCCUCCCUGGGCUCGAACCAGCAACACAACAACAACAGCCACCACAUCGAAGCAGCGUUACCCAUGCAGAGCAAGGGAAACAACCACCCCAAGGCUCAGAGCGAGUGAAGUUUGAAACGCUAUUAGCGUGCGCUAACUAGCUAGCCAUUUCACUUGGGUUACACCAGCCUCAUCUCGGGAGUUGAUAGGUUUGAAGUCAUAAACAGCGCAAUGCUUGACGCACAAGGAAGAGCUGCUGGCAAAACGCACAAAAGUGCUGUUUGAAUUCAUGUUUACAUGCCUGCUUCUGCCUACCACCGCUCAGUCAGAUUAUAUGCAACACAGGACAUGCUAGAUAAUAUCUAGUAAUAUCAUCAACCAUGUGUAGUUAACUAGUGAUUAUGAUUGAUUGUUUUUUAUAAGAUAAGUUUAAUGCUAGCUAGCAACUUACCUUGGCUUACUGCAUUCGCGUAACAGGCAGUCUCCUUGUGGAGUGCAACGAGAGAGAGGCAGAUCGUUAUUGCGUUGGACUAGUUAACUGUAAGGUCACAAGAUUGGAUCCCCCGAGCUGACAAGGUGAAAAUCUGUCGUUCUGCCCCCAAACGAGGCAGUUAACCCACAGUUCCUAGGCCAUCAUUGAAAAUAAGAAUGUGUUCUUAACUGACUUGCCGAGUUAAAUAAAGAUUAAAUAAAGGUGUAAAAAAAAAAAAAAAAAA